CUGACUAUAUAUUCAGGUCUCUUGAGCUUAGAAAUAAAGCCAACCCAGUUUAACAUUUGAAAGUACCAACAUUUGUGUUCCUGUAAGAGUUAUAAAUAGAAAAAGAGAGGAAAGGGAGAAGAAGAAAAGAGUUGGGGUCAUGGAGGUACAAUUUGAGGCAAAGACAGUCAUUUCCCUUGCAGUGCUUGGUUUCAUUGGAUUGUUACUACGCUUGUAUAAUGGGUUGGUGGUGAAGCCAAAGAGACUUCGAUCUAUGCUAAGCAAACAAGGCAUCGAUGGACCAGCACCAACUUUACUGCUCGGAAAUAUUAGGGAGAUAAAGAAGGCUCAAUCCACCACAGUGAAGACUCCCACCAGUGAAGCCCCUGUUUCCCACAACUGUGGUGCUGUUCUCUUCCCCUUCUUUGACCAAUGGAGGAAGCAAUAUGGUCAAGUAUUUGUGUUUUCUCUUGGGAACACACAAAUAUUACUCGUGACCCAACCUGACAUAGUGAGAGAGAUAUCCACAUGUACAUCCUUGGACUUGGGAAAGCCUUCAUAUCAACACAAAGAUCGUGGUCCAUUGCUUGGACAGGGCAUUUUGACUUCAAAUGGGGCUGUUUGGGCACACCAGAGAAAAAUACUUGCACCUGAAUUAUAUAUGGAGAAGGUUAAGGGAAUGAUGAACUUAAUUACCGAGUCGACGAUCACAGUGAUAGACUCAUGGAAGAGUAGGAUUGAGACACAGGGUGGAACUGCAGACAUAAAAAUCGAUGAGUAUAUGAGAAGUUUCUCUGGAGAUGUUAUCUCAAGAGCCUGUUUUGGCAGCAACUAUUCCAAAGGGGAAGAGAUUUUCGUGAAACUAAGAACUCUCCAGGAGGCCAUGUCUAAGAGAAGCUUAGCAACUGGGAUCCCUGGGAUGAGUUAUCUCCCCACAAAGAACAAUAGGGAAGCAUGGGCGUUAGAAAAGGAGGUCCGCAAUUUGAUACUAGAUGUAGUGAAGGAGAGACAAAAUGGUACUUGUAAUGACGAGGAUUUAUUGCAAACGGUUCUGGAGGGUGCAAAAAAUAGUGAUCUGAGCCAGGAGGCAACAAACCGCUUCAUUGUUGACAACUGCAAGAACAUCUAUUUGGCUGGGUUUGAGACCACUGCUGUUUCUGCUACAUGGUGCCUCAUGUUGUUGGCUUCAAAUCAAGAAUGGCAAGACCGUGUCCGUGCUGAGGUUCUCAGUAUCUGUGGGGGUGCUAUUCCAGAUGCUGAUAUGCUUCGUAAGAUGAAACAGCUAACAAUGGUGAUUCACGAAUCAUUGCGCCUUUAUCCCCCAGUAAGUGUGGUGUCAAGGGAGGCCUUAAAGGACAUGAAAUUUGGGGACAUUAAUGUCCCGAAGGGUGUCAACCUUUGGACCAUGGUGCUGACAUUGCAUACUGAUCCAGACGUAUGGGGACCAGAUGCUUACAAGUUCAACCCAGAAAGAUUUGCAAAUGGAAUUACAGGGUCUUGCAAACUUCCACACUUCUAUAUGCCAUUUGGAGUUGGGCCCCGAGUGUGUCUUGGACAGAACUUGGCCAUGGUUGAACUCAAGAUACUUAUAGCACUCAUUUUGUCCAACUUCACCUUUUCCCUCUCUCCCAAAUACACUCAUGCACCUGCUCUUAGGUUGGUUAUAGAACCUGAACAUGGAGUAGAUAUCUUGGUGAGGAAGUUGUAAGCUACGCCCUAUGAUUGGGUUGGUCCAACAUGAAAAGAAAGAGAAAAGAAGAAGAAAAACUUGGUUUAUUUUAUGUAUUAACUUCAUAUGGGGAAAUUGGAUUACCUGCUGUGACAGCGAACUACUGAGAGAAGCAUGUUAGUUCUUUUGAACUUUAAUCUUUUACAUUACUUGUUCUUAGGUUCGUACUACUGAAGUAAUGAAUAAAGAUUGAUUUUGUUUU